AUGACCCCAAAUCCCUCAUUUGCUGCAGUCUGCAAGAACUGGGCUUCCUUCGUCUCCAAAACCGUUAAUCGCUCCCUCCGAUUCUCGAUUACAGGUGAAAAGGAUGAGAAGGAGUUGUUGGCUGGAUUGGAGGAUGAUCGUAAUGCUCAGGGUAUUGGAAAACAAAUCAGUACCGACAUUGUGGAUGGCGAUGGCUUUAUUGUCCCUGUCGAUUUAAGAAAUAUGGUUAUGGCGCAACGCAAUUUCGGUCAUCGUGUUCUGAUUGCAAUGUGGGCCUCAAAAUCAAGCAGCCCUUGUAAAUUUGGCUGGCAAUUAAAUCCUGGUCCACCCAAUAUGGAAACCAAAACCUCGAGCAGCUCCCCGUUUCCAUAA